CUAGUCUGGAAACUAAAGAAGGAGUAAUAUCUGUCCCUGCUAAUGGAUUGUAGUCAGAUACUGCCUGGAGCCGUUAAUCUGGGCCCGUGCUCAGCUGCUACCGGAUAUUUAAAUGAACUACCUUUCAUUUGUUAUGCUUCUGGGUCUAAUCUUAUUUUGCUUGAUGGUCGUCUAAAACAUGUACAGACUAUUCUUGGAUCUGAUUUCGGAUUCAGUCACAGUUCAGUUACAUGCAUGCAUGUUGCCGAAUCCAAUGGACAGGUUGCAGCUGCUUGGGAUUGUGAUGUACUUAUUUUUGUGCCAGAAAAAUCCGAUCAAGCAAUAGCUACUGGAGAAUUUGGUUGGUCAUGGAAGUUGUCCUACUCUCACUCAUUUUCAACUAAAGUAUUGAGCCUCAGUUUUAACCAAGAUGGCAGUCAGUUGUUAGUUGGCGGUAAUUUCAUAUCAUUAUGGACCUCAACAAGAAAGCAAGACUCACCACCAACACCAAGAGGAGGAGGAGGAGAAGGUACCCCUAGCCCAACCAAACAAAGAGGGAUAGGAUCACCAGUUGAUGAAGGAGACGGUAGAGGACAUAUUGAUGCUAGUGCUACUUGGAAUGAGUCAUGGACUGUUACUGUAGCUUCGCCUAUCAUUCAUCUUAAGUUUUCACCUGAUGGAAGCUUAUUUGCCAGCGCAUCAUUAAAUGAUCGACUGGUAAAGAUAUGGUACAAAUUGCAGCCAAGAAGAAGUCAGUCACUUUCUUUUUCUUCUUCUUCUUCUUCUUAUGAUUAUUAUUAUUAUUAUUAUUAUUCGAUAGAUAAAGUGUUGAUAUAUACACGUGAGAGGUCAUUAACUGAUCCCCAUGUAUCAUCAAAGGAGUACAGCUUCACGUAUAUAGCACACCCAAGAGCAAUCACUGGGUUUGUGUGGAGGAAGACCAGUAUCUACAUGAAACAGAGUUCAGUAUCUAACGUCCUCCUCACUCGUUGCAAGGACAAUAUCUGCCGUCUAUGGAGUCAGACUCUACCAAAAGAAAAGGCUCCACAGUCGAACCUCCUCCGUUUCUUCCUGGCUGCCUCCAUUGACCCGGUAGCCGAUAUACCGUUCCGUUCCACCAUGCCAGUGGAAGAUGCCGACUUCAUCGUCCACUGGCUGAACAAUAAGGAGAUGACGUACUCUAGCAAGGCCCAUCACAUACAGCAGUCGGCACAGAUGGUCAGUAGAAAUCAGUCAAUGACUAGCUUAGCCUCUAGUCCUAACGAGGAGAUGCUUGCUAGUUGGGUCUGUGUCGAAGAGAAGACCACUGAUACUGAGACUGAUGAUGAUCAAGCGGCUUCUAAAUAUCAGAGUUUUACUCUCGGGGAGUAUUUAGGGGUCCCGGGGGGAGGAGGAGGGGGUCGUACCCCCGUCUUGCUUGAGGAUGUUCCUGAGUUGAGCAAGAAGCAUGAGAACCAGUUAAUGGAUGAGUGGGUGAACUCGCCUGAUCUGUUGGUGUGCAUACAUCCAAACAAUGGGUCACUAAUGGUAUGGACUGUAGAAGGACUGGACUCACCUCGCUUCUCUACAAGAUUAGUUCACAUUAGUUUCAGCUCCUGUCUCCCUCAUGUCUUCCCUCCUCACUUGGCUCAGACAUUGCACCAAGAGCUCCAGCAAUAUCUCCUUAAAGAGCCGGAGCCGAUCGGUCUCCUCUCCGCCCCUCUCUCUCCCACCACAGGCACCAUAUCCCCCGACCAAUUCUCUACUACCAAUGCGUCAGAACUCAGUCUACCCGUACCACAGAUCCGAUUACCCUCGGGUCAAAAGGUCGUCGAUAUCCCGGAGAGUGCUAAAACAUUUCGACCGGAAUCCUCUCUUAUUCUCCUCUCUACUCAUCGCAACGGUAAUGUCAAUGCCUGGUCAGUGGAGCUGACAGUGCAGGCUAACUACUGUACCUCAAUAUCAGGUCUUAUUCACUGUGGGCAGACUGGGGGCCACUCUCAAAAUGUCAGUGCUGUCUACCGUCAUCCGUGGCUACCAGUCCUACUAACAGUCGCUGCUAGUCAGAAUACCUCAGAGAGAGGAGAAGAAGAGACUAACGAGCUAAUAAUAUGGAAUACUAAUCCAGCCGGUCCUCUUGAUCACAAGGCACAGAUUAAUGAGCUCUCUAAGGUCCUGUCGACUGAUCCUAACUCGUUCACGCUAGUUUCGUGGGUACCUCCCAUUUCUCUUCCCAGUAGCAGCGUGGGGGCUCUCUCUCGUUGUCCUUCUUUUGGUCUCUUUGUUACGAAUGUUGGGAACGAGCUCUGCCUAUUUCAGACGUCCCUAUAUCCCAUAAUAUUAGCUAAUAGUAGCCACACCCUUUACCACACCUCCUUCCCUCUCUAUGAUUCUUCUAAUAAGAUGAUUUCUUUAACGUCUCAUUCCGGUAACGAGGGAAUGUCUUUCAUCAGUCUCAUUGAUCCUGAUCUUGAUCGAUAUCAAGAGAUCGUCUCUUUACACGCUUUCCGUACCAAAUCAGCAAUCAUUGAUGCUAAAGCACAGGAUAAUGCGACCGAACACGAUCCCGAAUCAAGUGAAAUCAAAUCUCAUGAUUUCUCAAACGAAGUGUUAGUUGUUCUGAUUGAGAAUCAGAAGGGACCCUCCUCCCCCGAGCUGAUUACUAGCCUUAUUCAUGUUUGGAGGAUCGUCCUCAAAGAAAGGAAGUUCUCUAGCACUCAAAAACCUUCCAGUAGUUCCUAUGAUCCGUGGUACCAGACACUCCCUCGGUCUAGCACACUCUGUCAAGCACAAGUUACCAAAGUGUUGUCAGGAGUUCCUUUUCCCUUAGGAGGAGGAGACGGAGUGUCUCAUAUCAUCAGGUCCAGGGCUGCUUCUGAUGUUGCUAGUUCACUGCAGCUCCAAUUGCCUUCUCUCUCUUCUCCUUUUCUGUUUCUCACCGUCUCCUCUAGCAGUGAUCUCAAUUGCUGGCAGUUUAAAGUAUCACUGAAUGAUACUAGUGACAGACCUGAUGAGCAGUCUUUCACUGUCCAGCUGUAUGAUGUCUUUGGAGCCGACUCCCCCGGGAAGCUAUGCUGCUCUACCCAUUCAACAUUUGAAGACUUCUCCCUCUCCAGUCCACUUCCUCUUUCCCUCUCCUGUGCUUAUCCAGGUCGGUUUGCAAUGGCUCAUUACCUGGCUGAACAGCCUCUCUCCCUAACCAGUGAGACUUACAAUCCUCUCACUCAACACGUAUUAGUGUCAAUAUGGGAGUGUGAGUCCAGUGGGGGGCUACAGUGGAACUGUGAGUCACAGCUCCCCCUUCACGGUAUCUUCUCGGCCCCGCCUACUUUUUCUCCAGGGAGUAGAGUGAGGACACGCCCAGAAGUGGUCAACCUUGAUUGGCUCCCGAUGGAAAAUGGUUCCUAUCUGCUAGCGACUUGUUUUAGCUCUAUCAUUACCAUAUUUGGCAUGUCGCUAACUAAGCCUCAUCAGGAAUUAAAGCCCUCACUGAUUCCAUUCCUAUCCAGUGGUAAAGAGACUGAGAUAACUAUCCACGAGAAGACUUGUUCCUCGUGGAUCUCCCUCUUGCAAUUUUCUCUCUCUUCUUCUCUCCUGCCCCAGUGGAUGGCCUACACCGGUAGCAAUAGCAUCCUAAUUGGUAUCGGAUCCGGUAUUGAAAUAUAUACUUGUUGGAUUAAGUCCGAUAAUGUGGGUGUGGCCUCAUCAGACGGGCGUGGCUUGAGUACAACCGGAAUGAGAGUACUUCGUGAAGGUACUUUGGAACCAGGUGUCUCUGACGGUGAAGUUAGUCUAUUGGAUUAUGCUCAUUCAGAGAAUAGUCCAUUGCCACAGUAUCAUCCACAGAUACUGAGUGAUUUAAUGACCUCGGGUAAACUAGACGCAGUCAAACUGAUACUUAUUAAUCUAGUGAAGCACCUCCUCCUUUACCAAAGGAUAGAGAAGAAAGAGAGAACGGGCUAUUUUGAGGAAGAGGAGGAGGAGGAAAGGGAGAACACUGACUCAAGAGGUAGGCUGUUGUCUGUCGUUGAUGGUAAAAUGAGGCGGAGUCGAAAGGCACGUGUGAUGGUUGCCGCAGAAACCAUUGCCCCACUGUCCCUGUCCCAGUUGAAGAUAUUUGCUUCUACGGAUUUAAUGAGCGAGUCUAAAGUGGGCGUGGCUGACGACGACGAUGAGGUGGGCGGAGACAACGGUAUUAACGAGGACGAUGAUUAUGAUGCUCUCUUCUCUCAUGAUAUAGCGCUUGAUUAUGAUUCGGAAUUCACGUUGAGUGAUUCCGCUAGCGCUCACAUGGAAUAUGAUAAGAUUGAUAUCGCUAGCACAGAGUUCACACAAGAACUAGCGGAUAAACUAGCCUCCAUACUACAAUACACGUCCCUACCCGAUAUCAGUGAUUUGGAUCAAGUUAGGCUGAUUGCAAUUGCUGAUACUGUUGCUACUACUAAAGGAGGGUGUCUUAGUGCUGGGUCUGAAGAUCUUAUUGGCGGUGCUGAUUUAGGUACUACAGCUGGAGCCGGUUACGCAUCUGUAGGAGGAGUCAGUGGAGGGAUUGGAGGGGAUAGUAUGGACGAUUGCGGAAUGAGAUACCUGCUAGCUUUACAGAAUUACCUCACUCUCUCACAUACUUUACCCAAAGGCCUGGCGCCGCUUGAGUUAUCGACCUGUGACCUUAUAUGGGCGUUUCAUUCAGACGCUGAGCUAGAGCUAUUGUCUAAUGUACCCUGCGUGAGAGAGAAUAGAUUGAACUGGCCUGAACUGAUGAGUGCUGGUGUUAGUGUCUGGGUGCGCAGUAAUGACACUCUUAGGAAACUCGCUGAAAAGUUGGCUAAGGCUCAGUUCAUGUCUAGACAAGAUCCACUGGAUGCCAGCCUGUUGUAUCUAGCAAUGAAGAAGCAAUCACUCAUCAAAGGAUUAUACAGAACUGUGAGUGAUGAACGAAUGAGGUCCUUCUUCUCAAAUGAUUUCACUCAGGAUCGCUGGAGAAGAGCUGCACUUAAGAAUGCGUUUGCCCUCCUCUCUAAGCAACGGUUUGACCAUGCAGCUGCCUUCUUCCUACUAGCCGGUAAACUAUGGGACGCCAUUGAUGUGUGUGUUAACAGACUACAUGAUAUUAAACUGGCAAUAAUGAUAGCAAGAUUGUACGAAGGAGAGAACGGAUCCUGUUACCAUAGACUACUCAAGGAACACAUACUGGGGGAAACCACUCCAGAUACAAAUACAUCAGUAGAAAUGUCACCGGAUCCAUUCCUAAGGAGCAUUGCCUACUGGCUGUUGCAGGAUUUCUCCUCAUCACUUGAGACACUACUUACCAACACCUCCUCUCAGACAAGACUAGAACCAGCCAUUUUCAAUUUCUAUUUUUAUCUUCGCUCUCAUCCUCUGCUCCUACGAUCAAGAUACCCUCUAUCUAACACCUCUGGGACUCAAACAACCUCAAAAUCUUCACUCCGUAAAAAACCCUCACUAACCGGAGUCGGAGAUGAUCCCCUAACAGCUGCUGAGAGAAACCUUGUCUUCAGUACUGCUUAUCAUCAUUUAAGUAAUGGAUCACCAUUACUAUCUCUUAUAGUUCUUAAUAAAUUACCGAAAGGGUCUGAUUUAGGACUCCAUGAUAAUAAAGCACGCUUUGCUAAGAGUGACACAGGUAGUCUAACCCCCACUGGCGGCACUAGUGCUGUUCUUGAUGAAUCUGUUUUUAGUAGCACAACCAUUGGUCAUAAUGUGUCUAUAGCCUCUGGUUUAUUAGGAGGGGAAGGGGGUGGAGCCGGUGAUGACGAAGUUGAUUGGUCUCAGCCUGUUUCUCUUCAAAAGAAGGCAGAGGAAGACGACGAUUUUGAUUGGUCGCGUCCGGUUGCGAGUCAGACUGCUCCGGCAGACGAUGAUUUUGAUUGGUCAAAACCGGUCUCCGCCCAAGCCGAGGAAGAGGAAGAAUUUGAUUGGUCGAAACCGGCCAUGUCACAACACAGGUUUUCUCUACUUGAUGACAUUGAACUCACUAAAGAGUUUAAAGCAGAAGAAAUAAAAGAGGAGGAGGAGGAGGAAGAGGAAGAGGAAGGUGUGGCAGGGGGAGGAGCUAGUAAUGUGAUAUCAUGUCAAGGCUUGUUUAUAUUGAGUUUAGCCGAACAGCUCCAGUAUAACGCACUACUGAGUAUACUAACAGAGGAACUUAAGACAAUACACAUACCAGCCUGCUGUAACCACCUCUGGAAGACGAGAGGGAAAGAAGCACUGCCUUUGUUACCGCUAGGCUGCCAGGCUUCAAGACGUGGACAGAGUAUGGUUGAAUGGUUUGAAGAGGAGCCACUGGAGAGGGUCCUGUCGACGCUACAGGGACGACUGGUUAACUGGUUGAGGAGCGAGAGCAUGAUAGUGAGUGAAGUGUGUGGACUAGAGAUAGGAGCUGGUAGCAGUAGCGUUGCUGAUUCUAAAUCAGCCGCUCACGCUGGCUAUGAUUUACUAACAACGCUAAUGAAUUAUGUAUCGUUGCACUCCAGCACUCUACCACACCUCCUCUCGGUCCAAACUGAGCUAAUGCACCUCAUGAAUACGCUCCUACCAUGGAGUACUGGCCUAUCACACGAACUUGAAGACACAGACCUUGAGUUGGGUCAGAUUCCAAGUUGUGCUAUCAACCCAGCUCAGUUACCUCUACUGACCUCUUGCUCUCUACCUUCAAAGCAUCCUCUUAAUCUAGCCCUUCAUAUACGGCUCCUCUCUGCUAGCGUGUUUGGUAGUCUAUCGCUACACUCAACCCCUCCCAUAUCCUCUAACCCUCUCCCUAACCUCGAUCAUAUAUUUGAAUUGUGUUGCUCUCUCUCCCACUGUCUCUAUCUCUGCUUAAACCCAAUGAGGCUCCAACAGGACAAACAAUCCGAGUCUCUUCAUAGCCCGGGGACUCCAAAGACUCGCAAGCGUCUAAACAGCGGAGGGAUCCUCCUAGACGUCUUCUUAAAUCUAGACAAGCCAAAUACUAAACCAUCAAGGUGGCCCGGACUAGAUGAAUGGCCGUCCUCUCUACUCUCAGAUGAUGGCAAAGAAGCAUCUCCAUUGUGUUUGGUGCUAAUGGAAGCACUUACUGUAGUUUAUACAGGUCUGCUCUCCGUUGCAUGGUCCAAUCAUUCGAUAUAUGAUAUAUUAGUCCUUGCGGCUAACGUCCCCACACAGGCCAAAUGGGCGGAGUUAUUUGGGGGAGGGGUCUUGACGAAAAUACCCGAUCAGAAGAAGACUGCUUCUUUUGUGCGUAAAGUGGCAUCAAUGAAGAAUUUACUGAGACAGGCAGGCAGAGGAGGGGGCCAUGAAGCUAUUGGUCUUUUUGUAGCGCCUAAGAAAUCCUUACUCUUCCAUUGUCUUACAAAGCCUGAUGUGCCUACAUCGUCUGCUUUUCACUUUGAGAAGGAGCCAGUGGCUGAGCAUGAAGACUCAAGUGAUGAGGAGGGAGAUGAUGAUGUAUAUGAUGGAGGUCUGUCAUCAGAAGGUGAUGGAGCAGAGGAACAGGAUGCUUGUAAUCCGAUUGAUCCUAAUUGCUACAGCUGGUGCGUUAUGAACCUGGGUAUAGUCCAAAUGCUACAGCGUGUUCUACGUAACACUAUAACAUUGACAGGGAUGGAAAUAUUAGAGUUCAUAACGGCCUCACCAGUGCUGUACAGACUAUUGAGUUUACUUGAUGACUGGGAGUCAUUCUUCAUCAGGAAGCUGGACACUCACUCCACUCCAUCUCUCAACCUCUUCCUACCGACUGAAAACAACCAAGAAACGAGAUAUGGACCAGCUCUCACAAGACACAAGUUGAUACUGGAGCCAGAACACUCACCUUUUAGGAAAGAUGACAGGAACUCUAAACUGGCUAGAAGGCUGUGGUGUUAUUUGGUACAUCAGGAACCUAUACGAGAUACUUUUAUCAGAUACAUAUUUUAUAAAAAGCGCAUUGGUUCAGCCACUCCUGAUGAGCCACCUGUUCAAAGAAUACUUUACCGCCAACCAGACAGCCCAGUGUCAUGUCUGUGCAUCAGCUCUUCAAAUGCUAGUGUGUUUGCGCUAGCUACAUCUAAGGAAGUGCUUGAAGUUGAGGUUCCUGAUAUUGAGUCUCUGGAUAUCAUGAUGGACGUUGAUGAUAAUAACACUGAUAGUCCUCAAAGUAGAAAGAGACCUGAAAAAUCUGAGGAUUUCAUUAUGAUACCAUCUGGUCCUUCAAGUUUCAUGCGUCGUGUUGGUAACUACACUCCUGGUCACGUGACCUACUCACAGUCUGGAUGCACCUCUAGCAUUUUGUUAAGGAGGAGUGUUCCUUUAGUAAAAAAGAUGUCAGCUCAUCCUACAUUAGCUUAUUAUUUGACUGGUGGUGCCGACGGAGCUGUUAAAAUGUUUGAGUUUGGUACUCCAAAGCCAGUAUCAGUCCUUAGGGCAGCCGGAUCUGGUCCAGGUAUAACACAAAUUAGGUUCACUCGACAAGGAAACAAAUAUGGUAUAACUGAUGCUAAUGGUAAGCUAUCACUAUGGCAAGGUAUUCAAGGAAAUAACAAGCAUCCUUACCAGACCCUUCACCCAGCUAAUACUCAUCAAACUAUUGCUGAUUUUGCUUUCCUUGGUUCUUCUAGUCUGAUAGCAACGUGUGGGGAAUCACCUAAUCACAAAAACAUGUGCAUUUGGGACACUAUGAUGCCUUCAAGAAGUAACAUAGUUCAUGAGUGGGUCUGUCAUGAGGGAGGGGCUUCAGCUAUUGUUUUCUCAAGGAAAAAACAAACGUUGAUAUCUGGAGGAAAGCGUGGAGAGAUUUGUAUAUAUGAUGUCAGAUCGAAGGCAGUUGUGUCUAAACCAGUAGUCCACUCGGCGGCAGUGUCUUGUAUUGUCAUCAAUGAUAGCGAUGGAUAUUUUAUAACUGGCUCAGCUGAUGGUGAAAUUAAAGUCUGGGAUCUAUCAACUGUGGCUGAGCUCACUUCUAUACAAGGGAAGCAUACUAGAGCAAGGUUGUUCAGAGCUGAUGAAGGCGUUAUGGACAUGAUGGUUGAUUCCAGUGGUUGCCUUUAUUCUUGUGGAGCUGAUGGUACUGUUAAAGUACACUCGUUGGAUCUACCAUCUAUAUAAUAGGCCUCAGUAAUAGCUAGCUGCAUUUGAAAUUUGCAUGCACACACUUUUAUAGCUUGAAUUUUGAAUGAUUAAUUGUAUAUAACAAUUAUUAUAAUAGUCUAUUAUAAUUAUAUUCUUUCGCUCUAAAGAUCUUUUCAUUUUAUUGCAAGUUGAAAGUAUUUUGGGCCACGUGUCAGUCAUUCUAAA